AUGCGAGGCCGGUCGAAGUCGUCUCAAACUGCGUGCGACAAAGGCAAAAAGCGCGCCAUGAAGUCGCCGCUGACUUCGCCCCGCGUUGCAAAGCGCGCGAAGUCUUUGGUAGACCCGUCGAUAUCGGAUCCUGCAGUGCGCACCGUGUCAAAUCAUUCGGCACUCAAAGCGGUGCGCCUCGAGUGA